AUGGGGAAAACAAAGAGUAUGUUUGAAAUUUAUUUUUUCUAUCUACAAUUUUUUUUUCACAUAAGUCUUGUAACGUUUGUGUAUUUUAGAAAAGCAUUCAAGCAAGAAUAAAAAAUACAAAAAAAAUAUUAAAAAAAAAAUUUUAAAAGUCUUAAAAAAAUGGAAAUCAAAACAAGUAUCAAAACAGGUAUCAAAACCGGUAGUAGAAUACGAACCUACUAGGCCUAUAACACUUACCGGUCAAUUAUUUUCAUUUCGGGAUCUUAAACCUAUGCCAAUACCGAAAAAAGAUUUAGUAAGUAUACACAUUAUAACAAAUACAAAAAUAUUUCUUUCUAACAUUUAUUAUUGUCCACAUUUAGCUUGGGAAAUGUCGUUUCGUAUCAGAGUUUGAUAAAUUGAAUAGAAUUGGCGAAGGAACAUAUGGUGUUGUUUGUAUGUUAAAUAUUUAAUUUUAUCAUCUAUCCAUUACUAAUUUUACUAUACAUCAAUCAUUUAUUGACUAUAAACAAUUCGCCCCUUUUUAGUGUUAUGUAACAAUAUGUGUUUUAAAUUAUUCUGCUACACAUUGGAACAACAAUUUUAUUUAUUUAUUUUAUUAUUUAUUAGUUUUGUAACUUCUUUAGACUCAAAGAAUGCUUCUUUAUUAACUUUGCUGACUUCUCCUUUCGCAAAUAAUUUAGGUAGUUUGUGUCUUCUUACUAUUACUUUUAAUUACCUUGUUUUAAAAAAUAUUAAAUGUUGGUGUUUUUUUUUUUUUAAUAUGAGUACUUAAAUUUAUAAAUAAAAGCUAAUACUGCUAAUGAAUGUUUCUUGUUGUCAAAAAAAAAAAAAAAAACGAUUCUGAGUUCAGUUUAAUUAAUAUUUUUUAAAAUACUGUGAUUCUUAUUUUUUCAUUGAACUUAAAUUACUUCUAAAAAAAACUAUUACCUACAUUACACUCAACAUUUUUGUUUUAUCAUUAAGUAUAACUUAUGAACCUAUGUUAAAUGUUAAAACAUUUUUAUGAAUAAAAAAAAUUGUAUUCAUAUCAAAUCAGAAAAUAACAGUAAACAUUAGAAUCAUUAUUGUUUAAAUGUUCAUGUUUUUCCUAAUUAUUAGAAUAACUAAAAGGAAUAUGCACCAAUUAUACAAAAUUUGCUAUCAGAAACCUCCCCUGAUGUUGAUGAUCAAAGCAAGAUAUCUGAUAGAAAAGUUGUUGACAAAAAAAAAUGUUAAUACUAAUACAUUUUUUGCUGCAUUUAUAAUUUAAAAUAUACAAAAUAAAAAUGAAUCAGUCAACUGAAUACCUAUAUAGUAUUUCAUUUUAGUAUUGUUUUGAUGUUGUUCAUAUAUUAAUGCUAACUAAUUUAAUUUUUAAAACUUUUAAGAUCGUGCAAAAGAUAAAAAGUCACCAGUGGAACAAAUUGUUGCAUUAAAACAAAUUCGUAUGGAAAAUGAAAAAGAAGGAUUACCAAUAAGUGCAAUUCGCGAGAUAUCAUUAUUAUUUAAAUGUGAUCAUGAAAAUAUUGUGCGUCUUCAUGAAAUUGUAGUAGGCAAGCGUUUAGAUAGGUAAAUAUUUGUUAACUACAAGUUGGUUUGUGUACUAAAUUAAAUAAAAAUCUAUUUGUAAAGUAUUUGUAUUGUUAAAAAUUUACAUUAAAAAAAAUGUAUGUUUAAUUUUAAUGUAAUAAAGUUUAAAUUUAUUUUGAUUUGCAGAAUUUAUUUAGUUAUAUAGUAUAUAUAUAUAUAUAUAUAAGUUAAUAGUAUUAGACUUAUUUGGCUAUGGAAAUUAUGUUAGCAAUAUUGCUUGUAAAUACACUGUAAAUUGUUUAAUGUUGACUGUUUAUUGGUUUUGUAUACCUAUAUUAUUAUGAAGUAUGUAUUGCUGAAACACAAAUACUAUAAUCUACUCUUGGCUUAGUUUGACUUUUUUUAUUUGUACAGUACAAUUCUUAUAUUUGUUCUUAUAUUAUAUGUGUCAUAAAUAAUAUUCUUAACAUUUUUUUUUCUAUGUAUUUUUAAGCAUAUUUCUUUCCAUGGAGUACUGUGAACAUGACUUAUCCAGUUUAUUACACAAUAUGACUACUGCAUUCACUGAAGCUCAAGUGAAAUGUAUAUUAUUACAACUAUUAAAAGGAUUAAAAUAUUUGCAUUCAAAUUUCAUAAUUCAUCGUGAUCUUAAACUUUCUAAUUUAUUAAUUACAGACAAAGGAUGUCUGAAAAUUGGUGAGUGGAUUUUAUUUGAAGUUUACUUAUAUUUUAAAAAUUAAUUUUUAGAGAAUUAUUUUUUAUUUAUAUAUUUUAUCAUUAACUUUGAAUGUCCUUUUUAAUGUAAAGUUUAUAUCUAAUAAAAAAUUGUUUUGUUUUUAAGCUGAUUUUGGACUAGCUCGUUUGAGUAGUGUUCCAUCAAAGAAAAUGACAACAAAAGUAGUGACACUUUGGUACAGAGCUCCUGAAGUCUUAUUAGGUUCUCCUAUGUUGACAAAAGCCAUUGAUAUGUGGGCAACUGGAUGUAUUUUUGCUGAACUUUUUCGUACAUAUUUCUAUUUACUACUGAUUCCUAUUUUAUGUUACUUUAAUAUAUAAGUAAUUUAAUUGUUUUGUCACAGUUCACAAACCAUUAUUACCUGGCUGUUCAGAAAUGCAUCAACUCGAUUUAAUAUUUAAACUUUUUGGAACACCUAAUUCUUCUAUAUGGCCAGAGUUUGAUUCAUUAAUGGCUCAUAAACAUUUUACACUGAAACCACAACCGUAUAAUAAUGUUAGAUCAAAGUAAUGUACCUUUUUAAAAUUAUACUUGCUUAUUAAUGAAAUUGUUGAACUUUUUAGUAAAAUAAAAUAUCCUUUUAGAUUCCCUGAGCUAUCAGAUGUUGGUUACCGACUUUUAAACUUUUUGUUCAUAUAUGACCCAAGUAGAAGAGGAACAGCUGAAGAAAGUCUCCAAAGUUCAUACUUUACUGAAACACCAUUACGUAAUUAUAUAUUUCAAGUUUUAACUAUUUUAAAUUUUCCCUGCUACAACUAAUUAAUUGUUUUGUGUCAGUGUUAUGAACAUGUUUUGGAAUGUAUAAUAUGUUUAUAAUUACAAAAUUAUAUUAUAUUAAAUUAUAUAUCAAUUAGGGGUGUUAAGAGUACAUUAUUUAUUAACUAACUGGAUACAGAGUUAGCUGAGUAAUAAUUUAUAUAAAAGCUAAGUACUGAAAUCUAGUACUCAGUGAGGACUCAAUGGCUGGGUACCUGGAACAUCAAUAACAAUUAUAUUUUUAAAAUUGUAAUAUAGCAAGUUUUUUGCUAAAUGGUAUAUAUCUAUAUUUGGUGAUCAAUUUAAGUGGGUACACUCAUUAUCUCAAAAAAUAUUAACGGAAUUUGAUUUCUAGAUGAUUUAAGAAACAAGCUGCUUUACAAUUUUAUAAUUUAUGUUUUUUUUGUCACCUUAUUAAUGGAAUUUUUAAUAUAGGUUACCAUUUGAAAAUCAAAAGUAGGUAAUGGUUUUAUCACCCAAAAUAAGGGAGACAAAAAAUAACAUAAAUAUAAAAUUGUAGAGCAGCUUAUUUCUUAAAUGUUCUAGAAAACAAAUUCCGAAAAAAGUUUAUACAUUCCAAGAUAAUGAGUGUACCCACUUAAAUGGAUCACCAAUAUUUACCUAUUUGCAUUGGUUCAAGUAGAGGGAUAGAAAAGAAAGAGUCUUCCUUCUUUUUAAGUUUUCAAAUUCUAGGUAUGAUUUUUUAUAUGAUAAAAUUGUAUAUGAUAAAAUAUAUAAAAUAUAUUCUAGGAAAUGUAUAAAUUUAUAAUUAAUAUAAUAAAACCAAUACAUUUAAUAACUCAUCACAUUAUAACAGAGUAGAGUACAUAUUUUACUUUAAAAAAAAAAUAAGUAUUACAGAGAAAGCCCAUUCAAUAUUGUACAGAAUAUGACUAUUGGUAUUUCAACCAAUUUGGGAUUUUGACCAAGACCCUAUAUCAAUUUAUUGAUAUACAUUUUUAAAAUUAAAAUUUGUUCUGCCUUGUCUGGAUGAAAUUUACUUUGGUUAGCUUUGUAAACUAAUUCUUGAUCUCUUAUAAUAUACACUUGGUGUAUGAUCAGAUAAAUAUAUUUAAUGUCUAUUUUUAAAUCCUUAAGUUUAAUCGAAUAGGACUUUGAAAAAUUUUAGAAACUAUUCCAAAGUAAUAAAACUCAUCAGUGAAAAUUAAUGGAAUUUGUAAAAAUUAGAUUUAAAAUAAAAUGAUUUCCCAAUUUCAUUUUUUUUUAAUAUGAUUUAAAAUAAACAAGUGUUCCUAAUAAUUCACUUUUACCUUUAAUACAAGUCUAUCCAUUAAAUGCAUAAUGUAAUAUUUUUGAUUUUUUUCAGCGUGUGAUCCAAACUUGAUGCCAACCUUUCCAGAACAUCGUAAUUUAAAAUCUAAAAAACAAUCAAAUCAGCCAAAGGUUGCUCAAAAUAUCCCAACAGGUUUACCAUCUUUAAUGGACUUACUACAGUAA